UCUCUCUCUCUCUCUCUCUCUCUCUCUCUCUCUCUCUCUCGCUUGAGGCAGAAAUUAGGGUUUGGGAAAAUGGCACCAGACAAGGGCAAGAAAUCCAAGGUUGCAGAAAGAGGAGAUGAAGAUGAUUCAGAUCACAUCGACGGAGAGCUCGUUCUCUCCAUUGAGAAGCUUCAAGAAAUCCAAGACGACCUUGAAAAGAUCAAUGAGGAAGCAAGCGAUGAAGUGCUGGAAGUGGAGCAGAAGUACAAUGAGAUACGCAGGCCCGUCUAUACCAGAUGGAAUGAUAUCAUUCAUUCCAUUCCUGAUUUUUGGUUAACUGCGUUUUUGAGCUACCCUGCAUUCUGUGAUCUUCUAAACGAGGAUGACCAGAAGGUUUUCAGGUACUUACAUUCUCUGGAUGUUGAGGAUUUCAAAGACGUUAAAUCGGGGUAUUCCAUUACGCUUAACUUCUAUCCUAACCCUUAUUUUGAAGAUACAAAGCUUACAAAGACGUUUUCCUUCUCUGAUGAUGGAACUACAAAGAUAACUGGUACUGCAAUCAAGUGGAAGGAGGGUAUGGAUAUUGCUAAUGGUGUUGAUCAUGCGAAAAAAGGGAGCAAGCGGCCCUUUCAUGAUGAAAGUUUCUUUAGCUGGUUUAGUGAAGUUCAACAGAAAGAUCUUUCAGAAGGGUUUCAUGAUGAGGUAGCAGAGAUAAUUAAGAAAGAUCUUCACUUUUUCCCCCCUUUUCUGCUGGAAAUCUGUUGAUUUUAUGAUUUUUUAUAGCAUUUUUAUGGUUGCAGAUUUUUUCCUUUUUUAACUCGAUUUGAUGUUGAUUUCAUCAGAUUUGAUGGUUUACUUCCGAAAUUCUCUGUUGUCGGGUUCUGUUCAAAGUCCUGUGGUGAUUUGAGAGGAAUGGAUGACAGGAUGGUCUCCUCCCUCGAUAACCUGCAGAAUCCGGACAACAUCUCUUACCUCUCACACAGAGAGGCUUCCGAGACUGACAAGAUACUCAUGGGCCCUCUCAACUUCAGUGUUGAUCAGCAGAUGGAGCUAAUAGGCUUGAAUAUCGUAAUGUCAAUAGUAGAGGCCGAGUCUAUUUAAAUAUUAUCUAAUUAAUUACUUGUCGUGAUAUUUCUGAGCACUUAUUUGUUACUUUUCAUUCUUCUUGAAGCUAAUAAUUUAGUGUAAAACAAAAGA